AUGCAUUUCACCAAUAUUGUCGCCGUCUUCAUCGGCCUUGCAGCCGCAGCGCCCACGGCUACUCCUACUAAAGACAACUUGAUCGCCGUCUCAACCACAGCACCCAGUGCCUACGAAGAUCCAUACACCUACUGGGCUGCUGGAAACCACUCCUUCGGUACAUGCGACAAGAAGACUUACAACGCGCACCAGGCGCCCAAGAGCACCAAGCGGGCCAACUACAGGGACUGCGCAGCACUUCUCUCAACCUUUGGUACUCGUAACGGCACUUUCAGCAUCCCCGCUGCUUCCGACGACAAGCGCGAGUACGAUGUGGGAGAUGGGCUUGUCAACAUCGUCAAAUCAGGAUCGUGUGCAUUUGCUGUGCGAGCUGACAAGGGAUUAAAAGUCGGCGAUGACGAUGUGGUUUGGAUUAUGCAGAAGGCUGUUCUGGAGUACUCUGCUGGAACGGAGAUGGCAGCUCGUGGAUCUGUCAAGUGUGCUGCUGACGAGGUUGGGAAGAAAGGAGGUCUUUACUGGCAGGUUCAUGGUAUUGAGUCUGCUGGCUAUUAG